CAGGGCUGCUGGCAUCUCAGUGACGCUGAGCUUGGCGCACGCAGAGCAGAGCAGGCGGAGCGGGCCGGCCGGGGCGGAGCGGAGCGGUCCGCAGAGCAGCCCCUCCCGGCCUCGGCCGACCCCAGCCCUCGGCCCGGCUCUAUGGACAGGAGCUCGCUGCUGCAGCUCAUCCAGGAGCAGCAGCUGGAUCCUGAGAAUACGGGCUUCAUCGGUGCGGAAACCUUCGCUGGUCUGGUACACAGCCAUGAGCUGCCCCUGGACCCCACCAAGUUGGACAUGUUGGUGGCUCUGGCUCAGAGCAACGAACGGGGCCAGGUCUGCUACCAGGAGCUGGUGGACCUGAUCAGCAGCAAGCGUUCCAGCAGCUUCAAGAGGGCCAUUGCUAAUGGACAACGGGCGCUGCCUCAGGACGGUCUGCUAGAUGAGCCAGGCCUGGGUGUCUACAAGCGGUUUGUGCGAUAUGUGGCCUACGAGAUCCUGCCCUGUGAGGUGGAUCGCCGCUGGUACUUCUACCGGCACCGCAGCUGCCCACCCCCUGUGUUCAUGGCCUCUGUCACCCUUGCCCAGAUCAUCGUGUUCCUGUGCUACGGGGCACGUCUCAACAAGUGGGUGCUCCAGACCUACCACCCUGAAUACAUGAAGAGCCCUCUGGUGUAUCACCCGGGACACCGAGCUCGCGCCUGGCGCUUCCUCACCUAUAUGUUCAUGCAUGUGGGGCUGGAGCAGCUAGGCUUCAAUGCCCUCCUGCAGCUGAUGAUCGGGGUGCCCCUGGAGAUGGUACACGGUGUACUUCGCAUCAGCCUGCUCUACCUGGCAGGUGUGCUGGCAGGCUCCCUGACGGUCUCUAUCACAGACAUGCGUGCCCCUGUGGUAGGGGGCUCUGGAGGGGUCUAUGCGCUGUGCUCAGCACACCUGGCCAAUGUUGUCAUGAACUGGGCUGGGAUGCGGUGUCCAUACAAGCUGCUGCGGAUGGUGCUGGCUCUGGUGUGCAUGAGUUCCGAAGUGGGCCGGGCUGUAUGGCUGCGCUUCUCCCCACCACUGCCUGCCUCAGGCCCACAGCCCAGCUUUAUGGCACACCUGGCUGGUGCAGUGGUAGGUGUAAGCAUGGGCCUUACCAUCCUUCGGAGCUAUGAGGAGCGCCUGAGGGACCAGUGCGGCUGGUGGGUGGUGCUACUUGCCUAUGGCACCUUCCUGCUUUUCGCCAUCUUCUGGAACGUCUUUGCCUAUGACCUGCUGGGUGCCGAUAUCCCCCCUCCACCUUGACCUGCUCCUUAGGGCCACAUGGCUAGAGCUGGGCCUGCCGUGGGUCCGCCACCAGGUGGGCCUGCAUGUCUGCCCUCUAUGAACGGACCUCUAGGGCUGCUUUUCCCUACGGGGCAGGCGGGCCCUGUGGUCCACCAGGUUGAGGCCAAGUCUUACUGCAGCCCUUGCUGCCCCUCCCAGGCCUUUCUGGGGGAGGGUGCUGCUAGGCCAGGGCUGGGUGGAGGUCCUUGGAUGUGGCCCCAGAGGAGAUUCCCUCCCUCCCCACCGAUCCCCAGGACUUGCAGUCUGAGCCUUUUUGGAGAGUGAAUAAAUAUUUUACACAUCACUA